GAGAACGUGGUGGUCUUGAUCACCUCAGAGACGCUGCAUCGCAUGUGGUGCGCCGCGGAGAUCGCCUGCGCUUGGCACGCGGGGACCAACAUCGUCCUGGUGAGUUGCGAUGGCAAUCGGGUUGAUGAGGAGCUCAUCGCGGUGAUCGAGUGCCUGUGGAAUGAGGAGCAGGAGGCAACUUUGCUUGGUGCUGGAGUCACAAUCGAGAUGAUUGAAAGUAGCUACUGUGCUCUGCGGGACCAUGAACACAUCGAACUCGAUCGACGUGGUGCGGCAGAACGCCUUCAUCAACGCGUCGUUCAGCAAGUGAUUGAAAACUCUCGAGGCUUGACACGGCGGCAAUUCGCCAGCCGUUUGACGAUUUCUGGUCGAAGGAGAAGUGCGGAUGGGUUGGCACCGUUCAUGAUGCUCAGCGAUCUGCGUACACCCGAAGUGGGAAGCUGUGCACGAGUCAUCAUGUACCUGUUGCGAAAUCGCCUGCAGGAGGACAUUUGCCUCUAUGACCCCUACGAUGUGGCGAACGAUCUGCACAACUUCAGACAAGAAAUGGCAGUAGCUGUGGCUAUCCUGGUGCUUCUGACUCAAGGGAUGCUCCAAGACGUGUGCUUCGCUGGGACCAUGGCAGCCUGCCCUUUCAUGUGUCGCGACUUCUUGGUUCCCAUCCGCGCGGACGAGUUCUUCGUUUAUCCCGACCCAGGCUUUUGGGAGAAUCUGGCUGAAGGCAAAGUCUUCGAAGGCCAGACGCUGGCGGAGAUGGAGACGGAUUUCGACGGCGUCCGCGCCGCCUAUGCCAAGCUCUUCAACGUCCUGGCGUUGAAAUUUAGCCAACACGGUAGCGAACACAUCCAGAAUACAGAGAUCGCGAUGAUCGGAGCACGUUUGCAGCCAAUGUUGCUGGGUAAAAACUCAUGA